AUGGAAAUUCAAGGCCCUCCCGUGCGAUACCCAUCUGCGCCCAGCGUGAGCAUUUCGACGAGCGACGUGGUCCUGCUCCGAAGCCCCCCGUCACCAGUGUCUGCAGGGAGCGACUCAACGACACUAAGGAACCCAUCUGACUGCGACCCCCCGAGCCCUCGACAACCACCAGCGUACGGAGCGGAGGGCGCGCCGCCGCAAUACCAGGAGGAGCUUGUGUCAGGGAGCAAGGCGAAGCGCCGGAAGACGCUACUAGUCAGGCUUCUCACAUCGAUAUUCAUCACUGUCCUGGUGUCGCUCAUCGUCGCGGCGGUGGUGGGCAGGAUACAUGACAGACAGAACAGCGGCGGCGAUGCCGCGCAGAAUGCGUCCACAACGACGCAAAGCGUUGAACGUUUUACCAUGUCAAGCGAUCCGACGACCCUGCCGGAAUCAAAGAUGCCUCUGAGCACUGCCGGCGUUGCCGCCGCCGCUCCGACAACGUUUUCCACCGUGACAACGACGCGCAGCGCGGUUUCUCUCAAUCCAACAUUACCUCCUCUGACGACAGUCGACUGUGCAUCGCUGGCGCGCCUGACUGGCGCGACGCCAGUGACGAGCAUCCAACCGACACCCACAGCACGGGAUCGCAAGAUCCAGGUCACUGAGGCGGCACAGCCUAGCGACGAUGACUCCGAAAUGACGGGAGUGGUCAUAUACGAGUACAGUGGGUGCCUUUGGGCAAAGGCUUCGUACAAGUUUGGGGUUGGAGACAGUUUGGCGUACAAGUGCACAGUGGCUUGUCCUCCAGGGAAGCGAGAUGAUGAAGGGGCUCGCGGGAUGGAUGCUUGA